AUGGAGAUGAGCUGCUCAUCAAAUGUUAAUAAAGAUGUCCCCAUGUGUUCUACUAGCACAGUUAAUAUUUCACACUCCCACCAGAGUUUUGGUGGUGGCUUUGUGCAACAGCCUGUUUUUGCGAGUGGAUGGAUGUAUGUGAAUGAACAUGGACAAAUGUGUGGUCCAUAUAUUAAGGAGCAAUUAUACGAGGGACUAACUUCAGGUUUCUUGCCAUUUGAGCUUCCUGUGUAUCCUGUAAUCAAUGGCACAACAAUGAACCCUGUACCGUUGAAUUACUUCCAACAGUAUCCUGACCAUGUUUCCACCGGGUUUGCAUAUAUGGGUAUGAAUUUCUCAGACACAAAAAUGUCUACUAAUGGCUCCUUUUCUUCUCAGGAUAUGACAUUAUAUGAGCAAGAUAGAUCUUUUGAGCCCGCUGCUCUUAUGGCUGUUAACGCUAAUUCAAAGUCUAUUUCACAGUCGAAUGUCAAUGACUACACUAAGGAAUCCAAUCACUUGAAUUUAAACUCAGAGGCAUUCAGGAGGUUUAUUUCUUGUCAGAUGUCGGGAGGGGAAUGUUGUUGGCUUUAUGAGGAUAAAAAGGCUAUGAAACAAGGGCCACAUUCCAUUUCAGAAUUGAUUUCCUGGCACCACCAUGGAUAUCUUGAAGAUUCAACAGUGAUCUCCCAUUUUGACAAUAAGUAUGGAAACUUUGUGUUGUUGGCUGCUGUAAAUGCAUUGAAGGGAGAUAUAUCUGGAACCAUCUGUGGAUCAGCUUCCAAAAUCAAUGGGGUCGGUGAUGUGAUGAACUUAAAUUGUGAAAUAUCUGAAGACAUUUCUUCCCAAUUGCACAUGGGUGUAAUGAAAGCUGCCCGAAGAGUUGUGCUAGAUGGGAUUAUUGGCGAUAUCAUUUCAGAAUUUGUUAAUGAAAAGAAAUGCAAGAACCAAAAGCUCGAGUCUUCUGAUCGAACUUCUGAAACUUGCAUGAUGGACAAUAAAAUGAUGAACAAUGGUACUUCCAUUUCUCCUAGUGAGCCUGCGCCUUCCCAUUUUUUGGACGACCAGGCUUGUCGUGAAAUUUCUAGACCAUCUUCAACGAGUGUUAAGGCAGUUGGAAGCAUUGAAAAUUUUUGGUGGUCAUAUUCUGUUGUUCGUAAAGCACUUUUUGAUUAUUGCUUGCAAGUCAUGUGGAAUGCAGUGUUUUUUGACACGGUAUCAGAGUACUUAUUUUCCUGGAGGAAGAGGAAAUAUUGGUCUCAUCCUAAGCCUCCAUUGACUGUUGAUGAAUCUAAAGAUUAUGUUAAAAAGAUUAAAUCAGAAGCUUUGGUUCUCAGGCCAGGUUCCUCCAUAUGCAGUGUUGAUGCUGAUAUCCAGUGUGGCGUGAUGGCGACAGAAAAAGAUUAUCAUCCCGAGUUGUUUUUAUCUGCUAAUAACCUCAAAAGCCGAAACAUAGCCGAAGGUCAAACAGUUUCAUGCAGUUAUGAUAAUUCUAAAGUUUUGACAUGCAUUCUUGAACGCGUGGAGAAUGAUCUUCACUUCUCUGCAAAGGUGUCUCUAGCCGAUUAUGUUCUAAGUGUUGUUGAAAAGGAAGUAAACCAAGUAAUUCCUUCCCUAGAAAAAGAUAAGUUCAGUGAGGUUGAUGGUAGUAACUGCCAUAUCUCAGAGAUGCUUACCAGUAAAACAUCAGUUAAAGAAAUCCUAAAUGACAAGUCUGUCGAUCCUGUGAAAAAUAGAGACUUAAGUUGCAUGUCUUCACCUGGAAACCGAAUGUCUAAUGUUUUCUCAAAAGCAUUUCAAGAAUUGUGUGGGCAUUUAAAUGAUGUGGUUGAUGAAGAGGAGUUUGGUGACAUGCCACCUGGAUUCGAAAAUAACUCUCAAAUAAUAUUCCCUCCCUACAACUCAAAAUUUCGACCUUCAAGAAUAGUUGAAUGUAAUCCCAAGAUUACAGAGUAUGUUGCAGUUGCACUGUGCAGACAGAAGCUGCAUGACGAAGUCUUAGAGAAGUGGAAGUUGUCAAUUCUUGAUUCUACAUUUAAACAGGUUCUUAUGUCAUCAUGUACCAUAAAGAAGAAUUGUCAGUCUCGUGGUCAUGAGAAGAGGAAGUCAUUUGGUGCAAAUAAGGAACAUUUGAAUGGUGCUACUUCUGGACUGGGAAAAAGAAAGGAGGGCUCAAAAAGUUCUGGAGUUUGUCUGUUGGAUGGAAAGUAUGCAUAUCAACGUAAGAAGCUACCACGGAAAGAGUUUUGCUCCUUUCAGCCUGUUGUAGAAGAUAAUUUAGGGCCAGGGAAGAAACCUCUGGCUAACUUAUGGAAACAUGUUUCUGGAGAUGUGAAUGAGAGUUCGGAAGUUAAAAUAACUGCUAUUAAAGGUGGAAAGACAGAGAUGAUUAAAGGGAAGAAGGAUGCAUCUUCUAAGAGCGGGUCUUCUGUCAAUGUCGAUAAUAGCUCACCCAAUGAUCAAUUAUCCUUGAAGAAUAAAACUAGCCAGAAAGCAUUGAAGUUUGCGCAUACAGUUCAAAAUGGUGUUAUGGAUAUUAUGAAGUUUAAUGAAAAGAGGUCAUCAGCAUCUUCUAAGAGCGGGUCUUCUUUCAAUGUCGAUAAUAGCUCACCCAAUGAUCAAUUAUCCUUGAAGAGUAAAACUAGCCAGAAAGCAUUGAAGUUUGCGCAUACAGUUCAAAACGGUGUUAUGGAUAUUAUGAAGUUUAAUGAAAAGAGGCCAUCAGCAUCUUCUAAGAGCAGGUCUUCUUUCAAUGUCGACAAUAGCUCACCCAAUGAUCAAUUAUCCUUGAAGAAUAAAACUAGCCAGAAAGCAUUGAAGUUUGCGCAUACAGCUCAAAAUGGUGUUAUGGAUAUUAUGAAGUUUAAUGAAAAGAGGCCAUCAGCAUCUUCUAAAAGCAGGUCUUCUUUCAAUGUUGAGAAUAGCUUACCCAGUGAUCAAUUAUCCUUGAAGAAUAAAACUAGCCAGAAAGUAGUAAAGUUUGCGCAUAUAGUUCAAAAUGGUGUUACAGAUAUUAUGAAGUUUAAUGAAAAGAGGCUAUCGCCAUCAACUGAUAAUGUUGUUGGUAUGAAAGUAGCUAAAAGAAAUAACUCUGAUGUCACCAUUCACAGGAAGACAACUGGUCAUAUCUCUAGAGAGGAACUAAGUGUGACAAAUAAAGUGUCAAAAUCAAAAAGGAAGCAUCAAACAGACGGUGUUACAUCCUCACAUCCUGCUAAGGUUUUGAAAAUUUCAAAUAGGGGGUCUAGUCUGAGAGCUAGCAAACAAGUAACUGAGGCACUGAAGGAAUCUGCCAUAUCCAAGUCAUUGGAUUUAUGUCCUAAAUCUAAUGGAUGUUCUAGGACUUCUAUUAAUGGGUGGGAAUGGCAUAAAUGGUCACUAAGUGCUAGUCCUGCAUGUAGAGCACGCGUCAGGGGUCUUCCACGUUUUCAAAACAAGUCCAGAAAUUCUGAAAACAUUUCAUCCCAGAUGUCAAAUAGUAAGGGUCUUUCUGCAAGAACCAAUAGGGUGAAAUUGCGUAACCUUCUUGCUGCAGCUGAGGGUGCAGAUCUUCUGAAAGUGCCUCAGUUGAAGGCACGAAAAAAGCGAUUAUGUUUUCAAAGGAGCAAGAUACACGAUUGGGGUCUUGUUGCCUUAGAGCCAAUAGAAGCAGAGGACUUUGUGAUUGAAUAUAUUGGAGAAUUAAUUCGUCCUCGGAUAUCUGAUAUUCGUGAGCUUCAAUAUGAGAAAAUGGGAAUUGGAAGCAGUUACCUUUUCAGAAUUGAUGAUGGUCACGUGGUUGAUGCUACAAUGAGAGGAGGGAUUGCAAGAUUUAUCAACCAUUCUUGUGAGCCCAACUGUUACACAAAGGUUAUAUCUUUUGAGGGUCAAAAGAAGAUUUUCAUAUAUGCAAAGCGGCAUAUAAAUGCCGGUGAAGAAAUUACAUACAAUUAUAAGUUUCCCUUGGAGGAGAAAAAGAUUCCCUGCAAUUGUGGUUCCAAAAAGUGUCGCAGAUCAUUGAAUUAA